UUCGUCCCAUUUCGGUUUCGUUUCCCGGCCGGGGCGGAGCCGUGUCCGGAUGGCGGGGGGGGUGCUGGAGGUGCAGGGGGUCCCCCCCGACGCCCCCGAGGAGCUGCUGGUGCUGUACUUCGAGAGCCGGCGGCGCUCGGGCGGGGGGCCCGUGCAGAGCUGCCAGCGCCUUGGGCCCCUCCUCUUCCUCACCUUCGAGGACCCCCAGGAUGCUCAGAACGUGUUGGCCCACGGCAGCCACAGGCUGGGGGGGGCCGAGCUGGGGGUGCGUGCAGCCCCCCCCUGGGACCCCCACCACCUUCUGCUGCACUGCCCGGACCCCAGGACGCCCCCCCAGCACCUGGGGACCCUCCUGGGGGUCCCCCCCGGCACUGUCACCCUGUGCCAGGGCUCCGUGCCCGGCUGGCACCCGCUGCGCCUGCGGGACCCCCUCACCCCCCCAGAGCUGGCCUCGGCGGAGCAGCGGGCACGGCAGCGGGGGCUGGCGCUGCUGCGGGCGCCGCGGAGCCCCUCGGUGCUGGUGCGGGCGGCGGGGCCGGCGCUCGGCCGGGACCUGCUGGAGCUCUACUUCGAGAACCGGCGCAGCGGCGGCGGCCGCGUGAGGCACGUGCGGCUGCUGCCGGGCGGCCACGGGGCCAUCGUCACCUUCCAGGAGCCGGCAGCCGCCGAGCGGGUGCUGCGGAGGCAACACCGGCUGCAGGACACGGUGCUGGAGCUCACCCCUCACUACCGCUUCAUGGAGCUGCUGGAGGGGAGCACGGACCCGACCCUGGACACUGCUCUGGACAGGGCCCUUGCUCCGGACUCAGAGCUGGUCACAGACCCCUUGCCGGACAGAGAUCGGCCGCCGGACAUGGCCCCGUCCUUGGUCAGAGACCCCAUGGUGGCACACGUGAACCCCUCACCGGACACAGCCGUGUCCUCGGACAGAGACCCCGUGGUGGCACAUGUGAACCCCCCGCUGGACACGGCUGUGUCCUUGAACAGAGACCCCACGGUGUCGGACAGAGACCCCACGGUGUCACACGUGAGCCCCCCGCCGGACACGGCUGUGUCCUCGGUCAGAGACCCCACGGUGUCACACCUGAGCCCCUCACCGGACACGGCCCCGUCCUCGGUCAGAGACCCCACGGUGUCGGACAGAGACCCCACGGUGUCACACGUGAGCCCCUCACCGGACACAGCCGUGUCCUCCAUCAGAGACCCCACGGUGACACACCUGAGCCCCUCACCGGACACAGCCGUGUCCUCCAUCAGAGACCCCACGGUGACACACCUGAGCCCCUCACCGGACACGGCCGCCGCAGUCCCGGCACUGCCGGCAGCACCGACAUCGCACCCGGCACCAGGACGGCCGCCAGCCGCCUGCCCCGGCCGGGACCGGGACACGGAGGGGUUCAGGGCCGUGCCGGGCCAGGCCCAGCGCCCGGGGCUGUUCCCAGAACCAGAACCGGUACCGGCGGGGCUGCAGCAGGACGAGGCGCUGGUGCCGGCGGAACCGGGAGCGCUGCGGUUCCUGCAGCAGCAGUACCGGGACGUGCUCGGCAGCGUCCCCGGAGUGACCCUGCUGCCGCUGGACGGGGGGGACAUCUCCGGGCUCCGGGUGAGCGGGGAGCCGGCCCGGUGCCGGGCGGUGGCGGAAUUCCUGCAGAGCCUGCUGGACUCGGUGGCCUCGCACCCCACAACGCUGCGCUUCCCGGGCAUCGCCCGCUUCCUGCGGGAGCCGGCCGGGCAGAGCCUGCUGCGGCAGCUGGAGAGCCGCUUCGGCUGCAUCAUCCAGCUGCACGGCGAGCCCUGGAGCCCUCCGGAUCCGCAGCUGGAGCUGGAGGAGCUGCUGCCCCCGGGCAGCCACCGGGAGCUCUGCUCGCCCUCCUGGCACCGGGACCUGCCCGAGGACAGCCACGCCGCUUAUGAGGACACCGGGGACGGCGGCGACAGCGGCUUUCGCUCCAGCGCAGAGGAGAUCAAGGAGGUGCUGGCAGCGCUGCACCUGCACGGCCCCGCCGGGCGUGGGAGCCCCGGCCCGUGGCCCGAGCCCGUCGCCAGCGGCGAGUGGGACCUGGAGGCCGAGUUCCCCUGCGCGGCCGGCGGGGACGGUGCCCGGGAGCUGCUGUCGGGCACGGGCGUGGAGGAGGAGGUGCAGAUGGCUCUGGCCAUCCAGUACUCCAUGGACCGCACGUGGUGCGAGGAGCAGGAGCUGGCCCGCGCCACCGCCCUGUCCCUGCGCUCCUACAGCCGGGAGCGGGAGCAGCAGCGGGCGGAGGAGGAUGCCGGGCUGCUGGCCGCGCUGGAAGCCUCGCUGGAGGAGGCGCUGCUGGCGGCAGACGAGGUGCGGGUGUCGGUGUUCUGCUCCUCGGAGCGGGACGCGUCGGCGGUGCCGCGGGAGCUGGAGCGGGCGCUGGCGGCGCGGCUGCGGGCGCGGGAGGUGGCGAGCGAGCGGCUGCGGGCGUUGCCAGCCACCGGCCGCUGCGCGCUGGCCCUGCUGCGCCGCCGCCACGCCGUGCAGCUCGCCCUGCACGGUGGCACCGCCACGCUGCGAGGCUUCGCCGACUUCGUGGAGCCUGCCGCACGGGAGCUGGCGUGGCUGCUCCGGCAGAUGCCACCGCCGCGGCACGGUGCCACCGCCACCGCCACCACCGCGCACUGGGUGCGCUGGGACACGUCCGGCACCGCUGUCCCCUACGGCCCCGAGGCCGCGGCGCAGCUGGAGCGGGCCUGGCUGCGCCAGGAGCGCCGGCUGGAUCUGGUGCUGGACGGGAGGCCCUUCACCGUGGAUUUGGAGCGCAUGGAGGAGUUCGACAUCGGCAGCGCCCGCGCCGUGCCCGUGUGCCGCAGCCAGCCCCCGCUGGACAGCACCUGCUGCCUGCUCGGGCCGGAGCUGGCCGGGCUGGAGGAGGAGGUGCGGCUGAUGCCGCUGGCCGAGGACUCGGAGGAGUUCGCCGAGGCGGCGCAGCAUUUCUGCGGGACGCUGGAGGAGCUGCAGGGUCAGAUCAGCAUCGUGCAGGUGCAGAAGCUGAUCCACCCGGUGCUGUACAAGCAGUACCAGCUGAAGAAGGGCAGCGUCGAGCGGGGCUGCGCCGCCGGCACCGCCGUGGAGCGCGUCCUGUUCCACGGCACCACCAAGGCCUCCAGCCGCGAGAUCUGCCUGCACGGCUUCAACCGCAGCUUCUGCGGCAAGAACGCCACGCUCUACGGUCUCGGCGUGUACUUCGCGGCGCGCGCGGCCGUCUCGGCGCGGGACCGUUACUCGCCGCCCAGCGCCAGCGGCGCCAAGUUCAUCUUCAUGGCCAAGGUGCUGACCGGGGAGUUCGCGGCCGGGCGAGCGGGGCUGCGGGCGCCGCCGCUGCGGGAGGGCUGCGGGGUCCCCCGGCGCUACCACAGCGUGGUGGAUGACCCCCGGCAGCCCGACAUCUUCGUCAUCUUCAACGACACCCAGGCCUACCCCCAGUACCUCAUCACCUGCCGCAGCCGCCACGGGGGUCCCCUCUGAGCCCCCCCGGCUUUGAGGACCCCCCUUUAUCCCCCUGGCGUGUCCCGGUGCCGGUGCGGGGGUUUCGGUGUCUGGGGGGCUCUGCCGUCGGGACUCGGGGUGCAGGGAGGUUCCUGCCCUGCCCAGGAGCUCAGGGCGGGGGGAUCCUCACCUGGGGACGCUCCUGGGCACCCCCGUGCCAGGGCGGGAGGGGGACAGGAGGACUUGGGGUCACCUGUGUGACAUCAGUGGAAUUUUAAAUGAAAGUGGAAAUAAAAUUGGGAAUAAAUUGGAACCUUUUGCAUGGCUGGGAUUGGGGGUGGGAGAAGAUGUUCCAGUCCCAAAUGGGAUGACUGGGAUUGGUGUGGGUGGGGUCCCAGGCUCAGCUGGGAGCACUGGGAGCUGCGCACCUGUGUGUGGGUGCUGUGUCCCCCUGACAGGUGGCUGUGCUGGGUGGUGGCUCUGGGCCACCCCAGGGCU